AUGAAAUUCAAUUUAUUUCUUUUCGUCGCUUUUUCAUUGCAGAUCUAUGUAUUUGUCGAAUCGACAUUUACGGUAUUGCUACCAAAAAAUGGUGGUAUGUGGGUAGGAUCCACUACAGCAACGAUUACAUAUAUUGAUCUUACUGUAAGUUAUUCACUUAUUGGGACUGUUACGGCGCCAGAUACAACGAUUAAGAGCCAAUCUACUAUUGGAAAUUCGACGUCCACCACUGAUAAUCACGGAUUUGUGUAUUUACUGACUACCUCUAAAUCAGUCACUGUUGACUCUUGUCUUUUGUACUACUAUCUUUCUAUUUCAUUAAAACUAAGUCCUUCGGUAACAAGUCAAUCGAAUUAUCCAACAAACGCAUUCAAUCCUAAUCCAACAAACGCAUUCAAACCUUCAUCAAGUCAAUCAAAUACUCCAGCAAAAAUGCCUGGCAGCAAUACUCCUUAUUAA